AUGGCCCCCUCCGCCAUUACACCCGAGACCUCUCCAGAGCGUGAGAUCUACGCCAAGAAGCCUAUCCAGGCACGCUUCCACCGCAGUUCCGUCUCCUCUAUCAAGUUGAACGACGGCAACGUCAUCCCCCAGCUCGCCCUCGGCGUCUACAAGGCUCCCAAUGGCCAGGAAACUGAGGAUGCCGUCACUGCCGCUCUGGAUGCCGGCUAUCGACACAUCGAUUCGGCUGCUCGCUAUGCCAACGAGGAGGCCUGUGGACGUGCCAUCCACCGCUGGCUCGAGCGGACUGGCACUCCUCGUGAUGAAGUCUUCGUCUGCUCCAAGCUCUGGGACGCUGACCACGGCUUCGAGGCCACCUUCAACGCAUUGUGCGAAUCUCUGGACAAGUUUGGCCUUGACUACCUUGACUUGUACUUGAUCCACUCUCCUGCCGAAGACGAGGAGAAGCGCCUGGAGAGCUGGCGUGCUCUCGAAACUGCACAGCGUCUCGGCAAGGUCAAGUCCAUUGGCGUCUCCAACUUUGGCGCCAGCCACAUCGAGAGUCUGCUCAAGAACGCCCGCGUGGUCCCCGCCGUCAACCAAGUCGAGAUCCACCCCUUCUGCCAACGCCAGGCUUUGGUCGAACUCUGCAACGAGAACGGUAUCAAGAUUGAGGCUUACUCACCGCUUGCCCGGGGAAACAAACUCCAGGACCCUACCAUCUGCACCAUUGCUGAGAAGUACGGAAAGACAUCUGCCCAGGUCCUGCUCAAUUGGAGCGCUUCUCGCGGCAACGUCGUUCUGCCCAAGAGCUUGACUGCUCACCGCAUCCAGAGCAACCUCGAGAGCUUUGACUUCAAGCUUGCCGCCGAGGAUGUUGCUGUCAUUAACAACCUCGAGGAGAACUAUGUCACUGGCAGCAUGCACAAGUCUCACGACUAG